AUGAAUCAAAUGAUAAUAAUAAUAAUGAUGAUAUAUUGUGAUGAAGAAUAUACAGCACCUGAAAUAUUACCUUUGAAUGGCAAUGCACUUUCACUGAUAGCACAGAGUCUACAUAAUAAUACAGUAACACAAUCACUUCACAUCAAUGGAUACGAAGGAUAUCUACGUAUGAGCUUUCAACCGAAUAUAGGUGAUGGUGAAGCUGCUCAUCUCGCCAACAUGUUGAGUAAGAACAAAUCAAUAACACUACUGAAUUUAAAUAUAAAUGAAAUCUCUGAUACAGGUGCAAAAGCAAUUGCAUUUGCAUUGAAAACCAAUACUACACUUAAAUAUCUAUCAUUGUCAAAUAAUUUUAUUGGUAAAGAAGGAUUGGUUGCGCUGUCCGAUGCAAUUGAGGAGAAUAGAACGUUGGAUUUCAUCGACGUUUCGAACCAACUGUAUAAAAGUAGAAAUAUAAUCAAUCUUGUACAUACAAAUAUCGAGAGAACACUGAUAGGUCUGUUGGAAGACACUCUCAGACGUAAAUGUGAGUUGAUCGGUAUCUCUACACCGCUCGACAUCGAUCGUUCGAUGUCUUUUGGGAAAUUCAAUCAUAUCAACUCGGUUUAUGCCUUUAUAAUCAAGACCAUUCAUGUUAAAGGAAUUGACUUAAAUAUUGUUUUGUCAUCAUGA